AUGGACGGACGUGUAUUCUGGAAUCGGACCUCUCAAAUUCUUCUCAAUGAAUCUUGUGACAAUGAGUGCAAUGACCAUGAUCUGAUUUAUUAUAACUUUGUCCAUCUAACAGAGACGACUAUUUUGCCUUCUCUCAUUGGAAUCCUCUGUUCAACGGGGCUAGUAGGAAACAUUCUGGUAUUGGUGACUAUCCUAAGGACCACAAAGAAGACCGUUCCAGACGUAUACAUCUGUAACCUGGCCGUGGCUGAUGUGGUCCAUGUGACGGUCAUGCCCUUCCUGAUCCACCAGUGGGCGCGGGGGGGGCACUGGGUGUUUGGCAGCACCCUCUGCACCAUCAUCACCUCACUGGACAACUGCAAUCAGGUGGCCUGUGCCGCCGUCAUGACCGCUGUCAGCCUGGACAGGUACCUGGCGGUGGUGCACCCGUUCCGUCUGAUGACCAUCCGAACCCGCUCCAAGACAAUCAGGAUCAACCUGUUUGUGUGGGUGGUGUCAUUUGUCAUGGUCCUUCCCGCCUGGGUCCACUCCAAAGUCAUUCGCUUCCCUGACGGACUGGAGAGCUGCUCCAUGAACCUGGUCACUCCCAAAGAGGUGCUCUGGUACACCCUAUAUCAGACCAUCACGUCUUUCUUUCUGCUGCCCCUUAUCAUCACCUGUUACAUGCUGAUCCUGUGCUAUACCUAGAUGUAUCUGAAGAACAAAAGGGAACGGCGGUAUGAAAUUACAGUCCCGGAGCGAGCCAUCCGCCUCACCAAGAUGGUUCUGGUCCUAGUGGCGGUUUUCCUGGUGAGCGUAGGGCCCUACCACAUGCUCCAGCUGGUCAACUUAACAGUGCGGCGGCCCACGCUGGCCUACUACACCUGCUACUACCUGUCAGUGUGCCUCAGCUACGCCGCCAGCAGCAUUAACCCUUUCAUCUACAUCCUGCUCAGCGGACACUUCCGUCACCGGCUCACUUACCGCAAGCCGCCCAGCAGGCCUGUUGUUGAGAGGGAGCCUAAUGGGCCCCAGGUCCGUACACCACACUCCAGCUUCUGACAGUCUUGUCCUCAAAGCAGGCACACACACAUACACACGACACAUGGGUUCAUGGACGCACACAAGUGCAUCCCCACACACGACCGCACCCCCCCACACACACACACACCACCACCACUACAGCCUGUCCCCAGCACACUGCGUGGGGCAUUCCCUAUGGCAGGAGCAUUACCUUUUGAUCAAGGAUUGCUUUAUUUGACAUUGUGGAUUGAUUUACACCUCAACAGGAUCAGAGAGUGUUAUUAUUUAUUUUCUAUUAUGGUUUUCAAACGGACUGUACGAUAGCAUUGGGAUAUUGCAAGGAUUGAUCCACUAUCAUUUUGGAUUUACCUGAAUUCGGCUGACAUUACUUUCACUGUGUAUUUUAAUGUAUAGCUAAACCACAAAUAACACAUUAAGUGUUUGCCAUCAACACAUAGUUUGGCAUUUGUUUUCAACCUAUAGUUAGUGUUGCUAUAUCAUUAAUUGGUGCAUUGAUUGUAUUGUGUGGGACUUUGAACACACAGAAACAUCUGUUCUACUGUACUGUAUGUACGGCUAACAGUGCUGAGACUGCUGAGUGAAUAAAAAAUGUUUUACCGUUAGACUGAAUGCUAAGCAUUGGACUGGGAUCGGUCCAGGGUGUUUUGGUACUGUCUGGUGUUAACUGGGCUGGACUGGGAACUGGUCCCAGGAUGUAACGGUAUUACUAGUCAACAGACUGACUGACCACGGGCCACAGACACACAGCACCACCAGGGGCAUCUAAUCAAACAACUCCUCCUUACCCUCGCCCAGCUUGUGAUCAAUAAAAAGCCGAUAGCAAACCAGAUCAGACAGAUAGGCACAGCGUCACACCCCCGGCAAGGCUAAGGGGAGACUACAGUGCAACCCCUCCCCUCUAUCGUUCUCUCUCUAUGGUAAUCCCUCUCUGUUUUUACUCCAAAAUUGCCUCAGGCAUAGAGUGCUUUGACAUAUUGAUCAAUAUGUCUCAAUGUCAACACACUCCUGUUGUCUCCAUGGUUUCCAAUUAGUCUCUUAUUGGAUUAGUUGGGCUCAACAUACUAAAUUUCAUUGUGUUAUUGGUCGACCAUGGAUUCAUUUGUAUGUUAUCAGUACCAGUGUACCUCAUUUAUUAACGUUAACUCUCCGCUCACACCUCCUCCAGUAACAUCAGAUUAUUAAAUCGACUAUUAUACCAAUGUAAUAUAAUUAUAUUUUCUUCCUACUCUCUCUCUCUAUACUCUCUUCAACUGUUACUUCAAAAUGUUCCCUUCCCAUACUACUUAUUGCCUGUAUAAAUCUUCCAUUUCUUUGUACACCUCAAACCUCUUCUUUCCCCUCUGUGCCUCAACCCCAUUACCUCUUCCCCAUCUCUUCCUAUACACCUUGCUCUCUGCACUUAGGCAGUGGUGUAAAGUACUUAGUAAAAAUACUUCAAAGUACUACCUAUUAAGU